UAAUAAAAAACAAUAAUCUCGUCUUCGUUGAUUGUCACAAAAUUAAUGCAUUGACAAAGUCCACAAAAGGCUACACAAAUCAUAACAAUAUCCAAUUAAAUUCAUCUUAACAGAAAGCAAGUUCCUGCUGCUAAAGUGUUUUACUUCAUCUUUCUACCAAUUAAGUCAUUAGCAAUGGUAAUUAUAGUUUAGUUUUAUGGAAAGCUAGUCGUCGAUCAAACACCAAAAAUCAGAAUCAUGGAAUUCUCUACCACAUCUCAUCUACUUUCAAUUUCAGGUGUCCUACUAUUACUUCUACUUUACAAUCUAUGGAGGGUAAGAGUAAAACGUCAAAAUUAUGAAAGUAACAAGAGCUUGUUAUUAGCCCCAGAACCAUCAGGAGCCUUGCCAAUUAUAGGUCACCUUCAUCUUCUAGGCAAAGAGAACACACUUGCUCGAACCUUAGGCCGCCUAGCCGAUAAUUAUGGUCCAAUCUUCACUAUUUGGCUAGGAGUACACCGUACAGUUGUAGUCAGCAGUUACGAGGCAAUCAAGGAAUGCUUCUCAUCAAAUGACAGGAUUUUGGCAUCUAGGCCAAGAUCAAGCCAUGGACAAUACCUAAGUUACAAUUAUGCAGCUUUUGGUUUUGCAUCGUACGGUCCUUAUUGGAGUCACAUGCGUAAGUUAGUUGCGAUUCAACUCCUUUCGAGCCAUAGGAUCAAGUUACUGAAGCACGUCCAGAUCUCCGAGGUGAACACCCUGAUCAAAGAGUUAUAUGAGAAGCAAGGCUCAAACAAGAAGAUUAUUAAUAUUAGUGAAUGUUUUGAGCAUCUAACUCUGAACAUGAUCACAAGAAUGAUUGCGGGAAAGAGAUAUUUCAGUUCUGCUGAUUCUGAUAGUGAACAAGAAGGGAAAAGAAUUGGGAAAAUUAUGAAGGAAUUCAUGUACAUUUCUGGUGUUUUUGUUCCCUCGGAUUUAAUUCCAUUUCUGGGGUGGAUGAAUUUUGCAGGACCAGUGAAAACUAUGAAGCGUCUGUCAAGGGAAUUGGAUUCCCUGACGGAAACUUGGAUUGAUGAACAUAAGCUGAAGAGGGUUAAGAGUGAAGAGUCUAAGAACAUGGAAGAAGAUUUCAUCGAUGUGAUGCUGUCGUUGUUGGAGGAUGAUUUCUUUGGUCAUUCAAAGGAAGACAUUAUCAAAGGAACUGUAACGAAUCUAAUUAUAGCAGGUGCUGAUACCACAUCCAUCACGCUGACAUGGAUCCUCUCCAAUCUGUUGAACAACAGACGAACACUGGAGCUUGCCCAACAAGAACUAGACCUGAAAGUUGGUAGGAACCGAUGCGUUCAGGACUCUGAUAUUGAUAACCUGGUUUACCUCAAUGCCAUCGUUAAAGAAACACUGCGCCUGUACCCACCAGGUCCCUUAGCAGUUCCACAUGAAGCGUCAGAAGAUUGUUCCAUUGCAGGAUAUCACAUACCGAAAGGCACUCGUGUCUUUGCAAAUUUGUGGAAGUUACAUCGAGAUCCAAACGUUUGGUCGAGUCCCAUUGAGUUCGUGCCGGAAAGAUUUCUUACAAGUCAAGCAAAUAUGGAUGUCUCCGGUCAGAAUUUUGAGUACAUACCAUUUGGGUCAGGGAGACGGUCCUGUCCUGGGCUCAACUUUGCAAUUCAAGCAAUACACUUGACUCUUGCUAAGUUACUUCAGGCAUUCAGCUUCACGACGCCGUUGAAUGUGCCAGUGGACAUGACUGAAGGUCUGGGUAUCACCUUGCCAAAGGCCACUCCUCUGGAGAUUCAUAUCAUCCCACGUCUUAGUCCUGAAUUAUAUGCGUGGUAGAUCGAAAUGAAGAAUCACUUAGAAGCUAUAUUAUAACAUCAUGAACCAAAGUAUUUUACAAGUUAACUAGCCGUAUAUGUGCUUCAUUUGCGUAAGAUUACUGUUGUUAUUUUAAUCAUAAAAAUAUAUGUAAAAAAAUUGAGAUUGUA